AUGCAUCGACCGUUUCGAAGUAGAGUCGAGCAUAAAAGAUCUAAAGAACCAUGUAUGUCUUCUGAGGUGUGUUGUGCAUCUAAAGUUGCUUUUCCCGGGGCCGUAGCAUUGUUUUCCUUGAAUCUAAGGUCCGGCAAAAUCCAAGAAAUUGAUCCACCAAAGUUGUCCUAUGUUGAUAGUAGUGGUAGUUCCGAUGGCGUUCUUGAGGAACAGUUCGACGAAGAUGGGAAUCCAAUUUAGUUAUUCUUAAUAAGGAAACCUCCUCACAUCAGAGAAAUUCGUAGAACUCAAAAGAGAUUCAGGGAAGUCGCGGGUCCAAUCCGAACCGACUGACGUCAUCAGUAAGGGGAACUCCUAUCGUGCGCGUGACUAGUAGCACAGAACAAGGAACAGACGAAGCGGAAGCACUACUUUCGACUUCAAUUGCGGCCCUACUUAUGCUUAUCAUUUCUGCACGGUGUGUUGCGUGGUUAUUAUACAGGAGGACUAUUGACCGC